AUGGCUAGUAGAUGUGUGGACGAAGCUUAUGGAGUGAUGGCAGGGUUCAACUUCUGGGUUUUGGAAAGUUCGUUGAUUCCUUUCGAGUUGACACUCUUCAAUCAGUUGCUUCAUUUCUGGUUUGACAACUACUCCGCUGCCAUACCGUUGGCGGUGCAGAUGGUGGCUUAUUUCUGUAUCAAUGUGUUUGCAGUGAAAUUAUACGGCGAGACAGAAUUCUGGCUUGCUAUUGGAAAAGUUAUUUUGGCCGUGGGUCUCAUGCUUUUCACAUUCUUCACCAUGGUGGGUGCAAAUCCACUCAAAGACGUCUAUGGAUUCCGCCACUGGAAGAAUCCUGGCCCUUUAAACGAAUUCUACUCCACGGGAAGCCUUGGUAGGUUCCAGGGCUUUCUCAGUUGCGUAAUCUUGGCCAAUUUCUUGAUUGCUGGCCCUGAGUACGUGUCCAUGGUCGCUGGUGAGACCAUUAACCCAAGAAAGACACUUCCUCGAGCUUACAAGCAAGUAGCCAUCAGAUUGACGUUGUUCUUUGUAGGUGGCGCACUUUGUGUUGGUAUCGUGGUUUCUUCGAAAGAUCCUCUUCUCUUGGAUGCCUUGGAUAAUGGAAAGCCUGGUGCUGGAUCAUCUCCAUAUGUCAUUGCCAUGCAUAACUUGAAGAUCAUUGUGCUUCCGCACAUUGUGAAUGCGCUAUUGUUGACUUCUGCCUUUUCGGCCGGUAAUUCUUACACAUACUGCUCGUCGAGAACAUUGUAUGGUCUUGCCAUGACAGGGAAGGCACCAAAAUUCUUCAGUUACUGUAAUAAAAACGGUGUUCCCAUUUACUCGGUGUUGAUGUCGCUUGCUUGGGCGUUGUUGGCCUUUUUACAAUUGGGAGAGAAGUCUUCCACGGUUCUUGAUUGGAUUGUCAACCUUGUAUCUGCAUCUCAAUUGACUAACUUCUUCCUUUUGACUGUCACAUACAAUUUCUUUAGAAGAGCAUGCAUCGCACAGGGAAUCGACAGAAACGAUAGAAGCAAAUUUGUGUUCCGUGGCUGGUUCCAGCCAUACAUGUCAAUUAUUGCAGGAGCCAUUGUGUUUUGUUUCAUGUGGAUUCAAGGCUAUACGGUUUUCUUGAAGGGCAAGUGGUCUGUGGAAACAUUUCUCUUUAACUACUUUAUUAUUUUCCUUGACAUAGCAAUUUUUAUUGCGUGGAAGGUUAUCAAGCGGACCAAGUUUAUUCGACCCGAAGACGCUGAUAUUACCACUGGGCUUGCUGAGGUCGCCGAGCACGAACGCAUUUACUAUCAUAACCUCGAGUCUCAGCCAGAGGAGAAACGUGGUUUCUGGGGUAAGAUUUCCAAGGUUUUGUUUGGAGAUUGA